GUGGUUGUAUAUUCUACCUGCGCGUUAACCGGUCCCAGCAUGUUGUCGAACCUACGUACGAUUUAAUUUGAAGUCAAUGACAUCAAGUCAGGCGUGUCGCCUUAACCUCACCAGGAUGUCAUGUUAGAAUGAGACAGUAGGUACUGUCGGUCACCGUUUAACGUGAGGAGAUCAUCAACAAGAUGAUGUCCAAAACAGCACUGUAUCUGGUGCUAUUGGGACUACUUUACCAUGAAACAGACUGCCAAUCAAUCGAGUUUGACUCUGGAGAAGCCUUCACAGCCAUAGACCCGUCAGUAGUGGCUGAUGCGAGUAAUUAUGCGGACCCGAAAGUUACAGGUUCCUACUUGUUCCAGUCCGAUACAACAUUUGAUCAGAAGGCACUGUCCCUGAGCGUUCUGGUACAACACUUCCGGUCGGACAGCUCCUUCUAUUUCCGUGCACAUCCGACAUUUAUCACCUGUUUGCAGGCGACGUUAACCAGUUUAAGGAAACAAAACCUACGAGUGGACAUUGUGUCAGCAUUUAAAACGAGUUCUGAUGUGCCAGGUAGUAUAAAGGCUCGGGACUUGUACUCUAGAAGUGGCACUGGAGCAACACUCAAGUUCCGACCGGGAGUGUCCGGGGACAUCCGCGAUAUUGCCAACACCGCCAUCAAGUCGUGCGCCUCCACAUUCUCGGUGAUCCAACGCGAUAUUGGUGUGGUGCUGAUGCUAGACUCUGUCCACAUCUUUAUGACAGGACGCCUGGAUACGACCCCGCAGUUCACAGUUGACGGAUACACCGGGGGGAUGACCAGCGAUGCCUUCCGUACUUACGCCAUGGCAAAGCUAGGGGAGGCUAACGAGCCGGCUGUUAUUCCCACGGACUGCAGUUCUUUCGGAAGCCUACUCAGUGGCACCACGUUCCCUUCUUGGGCCACGGAUGCCGCGGUCGUAGUGGGCGAUCACGACGUCCCGAUCCUCAGAGAAAACACCCAAGAUUUCAGCAGACUUACACAGUAUAUGGGGACUAACGUGGAGUUUGUGGAUCAUGAACGAACGUCUACCUGGUGUGGAUCUGUUGGCCAGGCCUGUGUUGACUGUCGGGCGGGCAUUGUGGGAAGUGCGCUUUCAAAACGGUGUGCAGCCCGGACGAUGAGUUAUCGGAUGUACAAGGUCAUCAACACUCUACAGAAGUUUGUCAGACACAACAUGACAUUAACAGAUAAGCUGAAAGUGUUAAAGGCCUGGGACGAACCAUACGCCGACGCUACGACUGGAGACACCUCCUACAGUCGCCUUCACACGGAAGGGCGAGCUGUGGUAGUCCAACUGGUCUCGUCCAACACGGCGAGUAACCUGGAGGAGCUCAGUCACUUCGCCAUCUGUGCCGGAGCUGACUUCAUAUCACACAAAGGUGAUAAAUUGGAGAUAGCUGUCAAGAAGAUGAGCGGGACGACAGCGAAGAGCGUCGCGUUCCAGCUGGCUACCUUCAUCGCCGUUGAUUCUCCGACCGCCAUGAUAGCUGACUAUGACUUCCCGGUGGAGUUCACGGAGGAGGACAAAGAAAAUUACCCGCUAUUUUAUGGAAAAGGACGGGGUAAUACAGAGUUGGAUAACGGAGCCUACCUGUACCAGUUCAUGUCGUCGGAUGACACUUACCAGUACUUCCGGUUACAUCCCAGCAUUCCCACCUGUUACUCCAGUCUGCUGUUCCAGCUCAACCGUGCCAGUACUGACGGGGAGCAAAUUGACCUUGUGGUUGCCAGGGGUUACCUUGCCGAUCCGGAGCAAGUGUCCCUAUUCAGCCAAUCGACAGACGACCGAUACAACACCCACGCACUGGGCGUGGCCAUGCAGCUGAAGUUUGCCGAAAACACGUCCUCUGCGAACACUCCAGCACGGCUACUGGAGGAAGUCGUCAAGACGUGUGGACCGCUGUUCAAUCUCCAAAACGAAGCGAUGGGACUCGGGCUGUAUGCGGAUAGUGUUUUUGUUGACAUGCGGGAUUUAUUCGAAGUAUGGGUUGCGCCCGACGCGGUCAUACCCUACCAUGGCAUGGACAAAAACGCCUACGAGGACUUCCUUGAAACUCUGCAUACGGCAGCAAUCGAGGGGCGAGUUGUUGACCCGGACGAUCCAGUCGAAGCCUGUAACCUUGCUGUUAUCCCUCUCAAACAGUCACCAACCUACCUGUACAAGCUGCCGGAGCUCGUGAAUCGCAGACGUAAACGAUCCACGCCGACAGAUGUGUGUACCCCGGAUGACAGCACCGACUUCUGUUUGUCUACUGUCGACCAUAGAAACUCUGAGGCGGAGCUCGUGUGGGCGGAUAUUGAACGACAUCACAUCUACCAUGAACCCCCCUCAGAACUCCAGGACGCUGUCAGAGGGUGUUUGAGUGACUGUGGCACAUGUCUUGAAGGAAUUAUUUACGAGAUGAAGCACACACACUGCAGUAACAUGGUACACUGGAUGCCGUACCCAAUGUUGAAUGACGAUCCUGACGUCACAAACUUCUUCUCGCGUGAUAAGCGAUGGAGCAAAGAGCUGGCCUGCUUCCUACCUGGUCACCAUUGCAUACAUAAAUCUCCCGCGUAUGCUAAACUGGCCCCGCAUGGCUACCGUGUGUACCGACCUGACCCGCAGAAGGCCCAAAGCGAGGAGCUUUAUUCUAAGGAAGAUAACCCAUCUCCUCUCAUGUCAAUCCUGGAAGAAACUUACGCCAUCAACGCCAAGGGCAAGGUCACUUUCUGGGUCGAGGACGAAGUCGACAUGAAGGCCACGGAGGUCCCGUUCAAGACAGUGAUGAUGUACAACCAUGACGUCACCGUGGUGGUUAUCUACGUCAGAAACGCUGUCAGCAUUAACCCAGUCGCUGCGGUCGUGGAAGGUUUCAUCCAGAACAUGGCCACAACCGGAUGUACACUUUAUACACGGAAGAUCCUUGCUCCUUACACGAUCGAUGUGAUCCCUUCGUCCCAUCUAGUGAAGAGAGAUACUUCCGCUGCUAAAUUUGAAAAGGACAUUAAAAACAUGGAUCAAUGGCAGGAAUAUGACAGUUUCUACAUAAGUCGCCUCUCACCUUAACGACCACUAUAUUCACGCCGGCCGGUACCCACUAUAUUGUUGGAUGGAUACUUUCCUCCAGUGUCAUUUCCAUCGUAUCAACAAUUAUCUCAUGAAGGUCGUCCUCUUGUAUUUUUUGUAUUAGAUGACUUAUUAUUAUUAGCUGGUUUGUUUUAUACUUGAAAUUCGCCUUCAAAAUAUAGUUGACAAAUCGUCGACUUAUUUGUUUCAUCA